GCCAAAAUUUGAAAAAACGGCUUGAGAGGCUUUGAACCACGUGGCGGCCAUACGAAUUCGACCGUUGAGUUAAUUCUCGUCUAAAGACGGCCUUCCUUUUUUCUUUCUUUGUCCCUCUUCGUCUCCACCGAAUCUCUCCUCUUCCUCUUUCUCUCUCUCUCGAAAAAUCAAAUCGUUUCCAUCCUCUCUUAUGGCGAUCGCUGCAGAGACCCAACCGCAAGAAAAGACUUCUUCCGAGACCUCGGCAACAGAGAAAAAGAGAUGGACGCUUAAUGACUUUGACAUUGGAAAGCCACUUGGACGAGGAAAAUUUGGUCAUGUCUACCUGGCAAGAGAAAAGAGGAGCAAUCAUAUUGUGGCUCUAAAGGUGCUCUUUAAAAGUCAGCUGCAACAAUCACAAGUGGAACAUCAGCUACGAAGGGAAGUUGAAAUACAAAGUCAUCUACGACACCCCAAUAUCCUACGCCUCUAUGGAUACUUUUAUGACCAGAAACGAGUGUAUCUGAUCUUGGAGUAUGCAGCAAAGGGAGAGCUGUACAAGGAACUACAAAAGUGUAAAUACUUCAGUGAAAGGCGUGCAGCUACUUAUGUGGCAUCUUUAGCUCGCGCGCUGAUUUAUUGUCAUGGGAAGCAUGUAAUACACAGAGACAUCAAACCAGAGAAUCUGUUAAUUGGUGCACAGGGUGAACUCAAGAUUGCAGAUUUUGGGUGGUCGGUGCACACAUUCAACCGCAGACGAACGAUGUGUGGCACACUGGAUUACCUCCCACCUGAGAUGGUGGAAAGCGUGGAGCACGAUGCUAGUGUAGAUAUCUGGAGCCUGGGUGUUUUGUGUUAUGAAUUUCUCUAUGGGGUCCCUCCUUUUGAGGCCAAAGAACACUCGGACACUUAUAGAAGGAUAGUCCAAGUGGACUUGAAGUUUCCCCCUAAACCAAUUGUCUCCUCUGCUGCAAAGGACCUUAUUAGUCAGAUGCUCGUCAAGGAUUCUUCACAGCGCCUUCUGUUACAUAAGGUUCUUGAACACCCAUGGAUCAUCCAAAAUGCUGAUCCCUCGGGCGUCUAUAAAGGUUGAUUUUACUUCUGUAAAUGUUGACCGCAUCUGAUCCUGGAACCCGUAAUGGCGUGGUUUUUAACAGAUCGGGAAUCUUAUGGUAAGAUCUUUGUAGUGAAAAUUGUAAUCAAAUCUCUUGUGAAAACUGCAUUCUGAUAGCUCUAAGUUUCCUAAUUUCAAAUAUACGAAGAUCGUCGUGUGCAAAAUAUGAUGGCCCCUUGCUUCAGGGCGAUGUAGAAUAAUACAUUGAUUUGUUGACAUUAGUUUCAGUUGAUUCAUUUGUUAUAAUAAUUAUAUGGCAUCUACAAUUCUCAGGA